AAAUCUUUAGGAUUUAAUUGAUGAUUUCCUUUACCAACAUGCCCAACGAUACCUUACUCCAAAUUGGAAAUCAAAAGUCCUAUGUUAAAAGUCUAUAUUUGCCAAGUGCAUAAUGCUUAUUUUCAACUAUCUUCUAGGUAUUUCCAAUCAUUUUCUGUUGGGCCAUUUCGUGUCACUCUUAUCAGCUGUGAUCAACUGAAAAUUUUACAUCAAGAAAGGUUGCGGUAUGAUAAAGAUUCCAGCCGAAACAAACCACCGAGGUUUCUAGUAGAAACCGAUGCGUCGGGGGGGAUGUGCGCUCAAAUUAAAAACCUAAAUUGUGACAAGAGAAUAAACAACUAUGCCAUCGUCAAAGCAGUUGGUAUUCCUGGAGAUACAUCAUCUAAAACCGUAAUAUCAUUUGCGGAUAUGAUUACGAAUGAUCACUCCAGCAGAAAUAUCAGCGUCUUUUACAAAGAACUUAAAGACAAAUUCGUUGACGAGUUUAGCUACUGGCCCCCUUUUGAAGGAAUUGUAACGGAUAAGUGCUGGGCACAAAUAAAGAGCAUUGUGGAAUUAAACAAUGGGUUAGAUGUGGUACAAUACCUCAACAUUGUUUAUCGUUAUGCUACGGAGCAAAUCAACGACCUUUUCGAGUACAUGGACAGAAACUUUGUGUACUGUUUUCUUUGCAUAGUACACCUCAGCAAGAAUUUUCUGAAGGAUUUGAAUUCAAUGUUGGAUGACGCAAAGGACAAACGAAUUGCAAAAAUAUUUUUCGUGGAAAUGGUGCACUGCCGCAGUUAUCCUACGUUCAAAAAAAUUUUUGAGCAAUUUUGCCAUUAUUAUUUAUCCCAGAAUGACAGUGAUAAAGAACGUUUAUUAUAUUCGUUGCAUCACAAUGACUCGUUUUGGCAAACAGUUGAAACUGAUGAAACUGACAUGAAGCAAUACAACGAUGAAAUCGACUCCGACACUAUUUAUCAGAACUCAAAAUGGUACAAGGAUUGCUUGGUUAUUUACAAGGAGAAAUUGAAAACUUAUAACCACAGAUGCAGCUCCAAGGAAACUCUUUUCAUUGAAUACAUUAUGCAGCAUUAUGUGGCAUUGGCACCUAUGUGGACGUCUAUACUGCACAUCAGGAAAUCAGACACAAAACCUCAUUAUGAAGAGAACUUCAGAUGUUCAACGGGCAACAUGGAGAGCCACUGGGGAACAACCAAGGAAGAUUUAAGAACCAGAAUAGCCGAAUUGGGAAAGCUGCCCAUUGCUGCCGAAAGAUUAAUAGCGUACAUGAAAUCUCAAACUAGAGCGAAUGUUGUGCGCUAUCGGGAAAAAAUACCGAAAUGCAGGCUGAAUGCACGAAAAGGCACAUAUAAACGCAAAAGAACAGAUGUCAAAGAACCAAAAACAAACAAAUCGGAAGAUAUAACGCUUUCGGAGCUUGGAGAAAUCAAAGCCGAAUGGGGCAGAACACCUACUUCUGUAAGAACCAUCAAGCAGAAAUUUUCAAAUAUUUCUGGGAAGCGACUGUUUGCUCAACGGUUCAAAGAUCUGCCCAGCCUAAAAAUACCACCAAAUUCCGGAUUCAAUAAGAUAUUCGAACGAAUAAGUAUUAUGCAUCCCGGAAAAAGGCUUUACUUUGGGAAAAAGAAUUUCCAGAACCGAACAAUUAGCCUCGACCUUGCCGACCUAAGGACAGUAAUCGAAGGGUGGAUUGUAGAUUCGGCAGUGGAAUGGCUCAUAGCAGCAGAAAUCGAAGCGGCAGGACGAUCUGAGGAAAUCUACUUGCUGGAGCCGUAUUCUGCUGCUGUAUUAUUUUCUAAAAACAACAAAAAUAAUGACCUGGCAGCAGCAGAAUACCGCAGAAUGGUCGGUCACCCUAAAAUUCUCGUUCCAUUUUGUGAUGGAAGCCAUUACUUUUUAAUAAUGGUUAACUUCAGAACGCAAGAUUUUUUCUGCUGGGACUCUCAGCAAAAUGAAAAAUCUGCUAAAGCCAGUGAUUUUUUUUCAAUAAUUAAAAAUAUUGCAAAGAUAACUGGUGAUGAUCAGCGCUGGGCCACCAAAUGGUUGGUAGAAGAUAUGCCUUGUAGCCAGCAAAAGGACAAUUCCAGCUGUGGAAUUUAUUGCGUGGAAUUUUCAAAAGAGAUUAUUCAGAACAAGGGAUGUAAUGAUUUGCAGAUAGAUCCGAAAACCUGGCGACACGAAAACUACAAAAAAAAUUAUCUGCAGUGUUAUUUCAACCAUCCAUGCUGCACACUUUGUGGAGCAUGGAUGAUUGCAAAAAACGAUUUUGAUCUAAUAUGCAAAACAUGUCCCAUGAAGGUCUGCGCAACAUGCUCAGAUGGGACAAAACAAUGUAAAGUUUGUUAAAACCUUGGCAAAUGUGUUAACUAUUUGUAAAUUGAUGAAAAUAAAUAAAUGUGAACAAACGUUUUAAUUUGAUAAUAAUAAUUUAACAAAAUUUUCUUCCCGAAAACAUCUUUCAUAACCACAUAGAGUGUGGAGAGAAUCAUUGAAACGAUUAAUAAAAACCCCUGUAAAUAUAAAUGAAAUAACACAUGGAGUAAUGAAAUUAUAUAACAAUGGAAAUUCAAAAAAAAAAUAAUGUAAAAGAAGAGAAGAGAACGAUAUAUUUUUUCAAGACUAUGUAAGGCAUGUUUCCAAAAAACAUAUACAAAAAUAUGAAAAUAUACGACAAAUGAAAAUAA